UUUUGCCACUUCCGACUAGGUCUCAGAAACCUAUAAUUGAAUCGAGGGUUUAUGUAUAACAUCGAUUUAGAUAUUUACAAGAAAAUUGUAACAAUUUAAAAGGUGUGAUUAUAGGAUGGUUGCUUUUGUUGGUUUGAUUUGCCAUGUAAAUAUGUUCAAUUCACCAUCGACGCUGGGACAGGGUCGGUUUCAUCUCUUUGUUUCAAUACAGAGAAACUUAUCAAUGGAAGUAGAUUCUAUGAGUGAAAUCGAAGGAGAAAGUGAUAAUAAUAGUUUGAAAAUACAUGUUCAUCAUGACAGGAAAUUGCUGACUGGUUUAUAUAAAGAAUUAGAGGAAGAAAGAAGCGCUUCAGUGGAUGCAUUUAUAGAUGCUGGUAAGGGAGGUGAACUGGCACACGAGGAAACAAUGAUUAUAAUCGGAGCCCUAGGUUUAAGCGAGAAGGAUACUGCGAAUGGAGGACGACUGACUUACUGAUGCUUACUUUCAUUUUGUCGUCAUCCAGUUUGGAACAUACUUAACUUUCACUGCUUUCGAGAUUACUUCCACUGGUUUCAUUCAUACGCUUCCAUUUCUUGGAAGUUCAGAGUGGUGAGGAUAAUCAACAAAACUAUAUACUAAUAUAUAAGUUGAUGCAAUAAAUUAUUGACAUUGUACACAUAUUAUUUUAAGGCACCAAGAAAAA